AUGGGAACCAUGGGGAGCUUUGCGCAAAGCUUAGGAGGUUCCCAGUCCUCAUCAGCACCUCUGGAUCUCUCGGAGUUUCCCUCGCUAUCAGGAGCAUCACAACAAUCGCAGUCUCAGACUCCAGGCCAGCUAAUGUGGGCCAACGCAAGUCAACGCGCCGCUCAGCAGACACCUGUUCAAAGACAACAGCUCCCUCCGACCUCGCAAGCCCCCUCUCGCUCUUCUCAACCGCAAGGCCUCCCCACACCGCAACAAUCUCAACAACCGCAUGAUGAUAUGUUCCCUUCCGGUUCACAGUUUGCCAACCGCCUCGAUGACUUCCGGAAUGGCGGGCAAGGCAUUAGUAGCCAACUGGGCGUAGGAGCACAGCCUCAGACAGGAAACAUCGAGGAAUUCCCUCCUUUGGGCCGAAAUGCGGCCGCAGAGCUUCCCCUCGGACGGACUGGGGGUUUGAUGCAAGGAGCUGGAUUUGGAAACUAUGGAACCGGUUUGGGAGCGUCACGAUCACCCGUUAGCCAAGUGCCUAAUGGCAUCUUAGGACAAGAGAAAGAAGAAUUGGGCAACAACGUCCUUCCCAGCCAACGAAACUUCAGCGAUCCACAGCAGCUCCAACAACGGCAGCAAGAUACCAGCGAUAGCCAAGAUGUCCCUGGUGCCCCUACAAACACCGAGCAACCCCCUCUUGCUCAAAUGAGUGAACUUGAUAGGUUUGGCUUAGCUGGCUUGCUGCGUAUGAUCCACAGCGAGAGCCCUGACGUGGCCAGUCUCGCGGUUGGCCAAGAUCUAAUGACCUUGGGAUUGGAUUUGAACCAAGCGGAACCUUUGCACACGUCAUUUGCUUCUCCCUUUGUUUCUUCCAUGUCUGCCGUGCCCCUGGAACAAGAUUUCUCUCUUCCAGCCUGCUAUAAUGUUGCCAACAUCCAACCUCUCCAGUCUCGGAUCCCUGGCUUCAGCGACGAAACCCUUUUCUUCAUCUUCUACAGCCUACCCCGCGAUAUAAUGCAGGAGCUUGUGGCCGAAGAGUUGAUGGGCCGGAAAUGGCGGUACCACAAACUUGAGCGCUGCUGGUUAACCCGCGAUGAAACGUAUCCCGGGCCUGUUGACGUGGAGCGUGGUGUCACCGAGCGCGGUGUGUAUCUGCUUUGGGAUCCCGCUACGUGGAAGAAAAUCCGACGUGAAUUCAUUCUUCGAUACGAGGACUUGGACAACCGUUUAGAUCCUAAUCGGAGUGUUUCCCGACCUGUUGGAGUGGCGCAUCAUGCUUCAUGA